CUCUCCAGAGUUGAUGGAGUUCUCAUCUAAGCCAGAGAAACAAAACCCUGUGCGCCGUCUUGAGUCCUGGGCCACAUCGCCUUGGAUCGAUUGCUUUCGCAAUCAUUAUCAGGGGGAGUUCGACGCCACCCAGUCUUACUACGCAUCGUCCGCUUCCGCAGGUCGACUUCCACGACUCCAAUGACGCCUCCAAUGGCGUCGCGCAAGCGUAAAGGCUCCGACGCUGCGACUGUCUCCUCCCAGCUCGGCGAGGAUGGCUUUGACGGGGAUCUUCUCGAUGAUAUCUUAUCACAGAGUGAGGAUGAUGCCUUCGAGGGCGUUUCCGAGGCUGAAGAUGUCGCAUCUUCUGCGUCAGAAGAUGAUGAGAACGGCGGCGUAUUCAGCGACGACGAGGAUGAAGAAAAUAGCAGCGUCAACGAGGAGGCGUCAAGCGGCGAGGACAAUGACGCUGGACCAACAAAAGCUAACAAUCCUAAUUAUCGCAUCGCGACCGACGCCAAUGGCGGUGAGCGCUACGAGUACGCCGAGAUUGAUCCCGUCUACGACAGCGACGACAGCGAUGCUAAAGAGCCCGCAAACACGAUUGGUAAUAUUCCUCUUUCCUUUUACGACUCUUAUCCGCACAUCGGCUACGACAUCAACGGCAAGAAGAUCAUGCGCCCGGCCACCGGAGAGGCUCUCGACGCUCUCCUGGACAGCAUCGAGUUGCCCAAGGGCUGGACAGGUCUUACCGAUCCACAGACGGGCAAGCCACUCAAUCUCACACAGGACGAACUUGAGCUGCUACGACGCCUUCAGAUGGGAGAGGUUCCUGAAGAUGGAUACGACCCGUACCCAGAUCUGGUUCCGUACUUUACGAGUAUCGAAGAGAAGAUGCCGCUCAGCGCCGCUCCCGAGCCAAAACGUCGUUUUGUCCCAUCCAAGCAUGAAGCCAAGCGCGUAGCCCAACUCGUGCGAGCCAUACGCGAAGGUCGGAUCCUGCCGUACAAGCCGCCCGAAGAAGCCGCGAAGGAGAAAGAGACCGAGGAGGAAACAUAUUAUGACAUAUGGGCCAACGAGGAACCCCAAGAUCCUCAUGUCAUGAACAUCCCAGCGCCAAAGCUGGCGCCUCCCGGAUAUGACCUCAGCUACAACCCCCCGGCGGAAUACCUGCCGACGAAUGAGGAGCGGCGGGUGUGGGAGACCGCCGACCCUGAAGACCGCGAGAAAGAAUACCUUGCGAACAAAUAUGACUCGUUGCGUAAGGUUCCUGGCUAUGGCUCGUUCGUCAAAGAGCGAUUCGAGCGAUGCCUGGACCUUUACCUCGCUCCACGCAUCCGGAAGAACCGACUCAACAUUGACCCCAGUUCCUUGCUUCCCAAGCUUCCUCGACCAGAGGACUUGAAGCCGUUCCCAACUGUCUGCCAAACCAUAUACAGGGGCCAUGAGGGCCGCGUGCGUUCGGCUGCAUUUAGCCCUGAUGGUGAAUGGGUUGCCUCAGGCGGUGACGAUGGCACCGUUCGGGUCUGGACGCUCAAUGGCCAUCAAGAUUGGACCGUGAAGCUCCCAUCUGAGGAACCUGUGGAUGUAGUGAGGUGGCGACCGGGCAGGGAGUCCUUCAUUCUCGCUGCUGCGGCCGGUGAAGACAUCUAUCUCAUGGUUCCGCCUCUAUGCAGCGACGCUGUCGACAAGUCGAGCCGCGAUGUGCUGGAUGCUGGCUUUGGUUAUGCCGCCAAUGGCGGUACUAAUCUGGCCACCAACGGGAACAAGGAGCCCACGGCUCGGUGGUCAAGACCUGGGUCUAAGCUAGAGGAGGCUGGUGUUCUCCUGAAGAUAACCGUUAGGGCGGCGAUCAAGACUCUCAACUGGCACAGGCGCGGCGACUUCCUCUGCUCGGUCUCCCCCACAGGGCAGCGAAGCUCCGUUGCAAUUCACACCAUAUCAAAACACCUCAGCCAGAUCCCCUUCCGCCGCCUACCGGGCCUAGCUCAGACGGCUCAGUUUCACCCGUCUCGGCCGCUCUUCUUCGUCGCCACCCAGCGCAUGAUUCGCUGCUACGACUUGCAAAGGCAGGAGCUUGUCAAAGUGAUCCAGCCUGGCGCGCGCUGGAUUUCGUCGUUCGAUGUCCAUUCCGGCGGGGACAAUCUCAUCGUUGGGUCCUACGACCGUCGGCUUUUGUGGCACGACCUGGACCUAUCUAGUCGGCCGUACAAGACGAUGAGGUUCCACGGGCAAGCCAUUCGCUCGGUCAAGUACCACCGGGCGUUGCCGUUAUUCGCUGAUGCAAGCGACGACGGAACUUUGCAGGUAUUCCACGGCAAGGUCGUGAGCGACUUAAUGGAAAGUGCCACUAUCGUCCCUGUCAAGAUGCUUCGGGGACACACCGUUGUCAACAAGCUGGGAGUGCUCGAUGUAGACUGGCACCCCAAGCAUCCCUGGUGCCUGAGCGCUGGAGCCGAUGGUACAUGCAGACUAUGGACAUGAAGAACGGGCAUGGGGCCGAGGCGGUCAUGCCGAUGCCGGCACUGUAGAUGCCAGCGGGGGCGUGGUAGAUCAUGUAACAUGGGAGAAAUUAUGAGAGCCGCC